AUGAAGAAACGAAAGCUUGAACAUAACAGCAAUAAUAGUGAAAAUCAAGACAGACUCAGUGAUUUAUCUGAUUGUGUUUUACUUCACAUACUCUCCUCUUUGAACACCAAACACGCCGUUCAAACUUGCAUUUUGUCCACAAGAUGGAAGAAUCUCUGGAAGCGUCUUCCAUCCCUUGCGUUAAGGUCUUCAGACUUUAGAAAUGUCAAGAGAUUCGCGAAAUUCGUGUCUCGAGUUUUGUCUCUUCGAAAUGACUCAACCUCAUUGCAUACUGUGGAUUUUUGCCGCACUGCAAUCGUAGAGCCUUACCUACUCAAAAAAAUUGUAAAAUAUGCUGUUUCGCACAACGUCCAGCAAUUAGAUGUAUCUGUUGCUGGUAAUAUGGAAUACUUUCCACCUAGUUUCUUUUCUUGUCGGACUUUAACGUCUCUUAGUCUCGACCUUUCCGAUGGCCGUAGAAUGUCUUAUGGUGGAAAAUUAUUUCCUAAUUCUCUGAAUCUUCCAGCAUUACUCAACUUGUCUUUAUAUUCCUUCGUCUUUUGCGUCGGCAAUGAUGGCCGUGUUGAACCUUUUUCAGCCUUAAAAAGUUUGAAAUGUUUGAUCAUUAACAAAUGUGAAGUUCUGGAUGCACGGCUCCUUUGCAUAUCAAUUACUACACUUGUCAAGUUAACUAUACUUAUGCAUUAUUAUGAUCCUGAGAAAUCUUUUGGAAUCGAGCUAUCAGCUCCAAGUCUUUGUAGCUUUGAUUUUAGGGGUAUUCCUGUUCAGAAACUCUACGGGAGCAAGAGCAAUCUCUCUUCUAUCAAACAUGUGAAAAUUGACGUAGAAAUGGCGUCAGAGAUAUGGGGAUACUCAUUUGGUUCUACUCGACUGGCUGCUUGA